AUGACUACUCUAUCUCUGGAUGUAACCCAACCAGAGAGUGUCAAAGCGGCUGGAUUAGAGGUGGAAAGAAUCACUGACGGCAAACUGGACGUUUUGGUCAAUAAUGCUGGAAUUCUUACACGCGGCGCAUUAGCCGAUGUCUCACCGGAGCAUAUCUAUUCUAUAUUUAACACAAACGUCUUCGGUAUCAUGGCUGUUGUAUCUGCUCUCUUGCCGCUACUCAUAGCCGCCAAAGGCACGAUUGUCAAUAUUUCAUCAGCGUCAUCUGUGACACCGUUCCCCUUCAAAGGGCCCUAUGCAAUGACUAAAGCAGCGCUGAACUCGUAUGGUCGUACUCUGGCUAUCGAGCUUUCGCCUUUCGACGUACAUGUUUUGACAUGCCCUACUGGCUAUAUCGAGAGCAAACUGGAAGCCAAUGGAACGGAUCAAGUACCGGAAAACAGCUUGUAUAAAGCCAUGGCUGGAAGGAUGGAACUGGGAUCCCCAGAUAUGCAGAUGGAGGGAACAGAAUAUGCAAAGCUGGUGGUGAACGAAGUGCAGAAAGGACGCGGCUGGGGGUUCGGUCCUUGGAGAUUUGGGGCAAUGAGAGAAUGGCUAUGGGUGGGAACAGGAGCAUCUAAGGGCUAUUGGGCAAGCAUGAUGGGGGAAACAUUUUUGCAGCGGGGAUACAAAGGAAUGAUCAACUGGGACGAAGUUACAAGAGUUCUAAGACAAGAGAAGGAUCUAUAG